GCCACCCCGCCCUCGUUGUGACGUCAGCGCGCCCACAUAUCGCUAUGGUAACCAAGUUGCCCUACGUAAACAAGUUUCACUGUUAACGGUAUUAAACCGCUUUAGAAAAUUAGUUUAGAGUAACGGCGAUUCACCUCAUUAAACUAUGGAGGUGUUACCAGAGAUCGAGUGUGAUGAGGAAAGUAUUGUUACAGAUAAUGAAGAGGAUGAUGAAGACAGAGUUCAUGACGAAGAUCUGGGGGGGCUUCGGGCACUGGAAAGCAGCCUGUCCAACAUACAAAUAACCCCCACAGAUACACACAUAGCAAAGCCAAGACCUCAAUUGGACCUUUCCAAAUGUCCAUCCUCAUUCAAGGAGAACUCAACACAGGACAAACUCAUGCUUGCAAUCACUGAAAACUUUCGGCAGCAGUAUGCACUUCUGUACCCUGACCGCAAACCACUUCUGCUGUCUCCCGUCAAUGAGUAUGGUGUUCAGAAAUUUGUAAGCACCACCCUGCGUUGCACCUUGUUGCAUUAUCCUGAGCUGUACAGCUGGGAGGGAUGCGCCAGUUUUGUGUCAGAUUACCUGUCCUUGGAGCCUCUGGACCCUCCAUUUGAAAUACCCAAGCAGCUGUCAUCGCCCAUCUGGGUUCUGAAGACUCAGAGAGGCACAUGUUUUGAUUUCUCUUGUGUGCUGUGUAGCCUGUUGUUGGGUGCAGGAUACAAUGCUUAUUGCAUAAGUGGGUACGCUACAAAAGAAAUGUGUCUUCUUGAUCAGUCACGCCAAGAGUGUCCCUUACUGCAGCCUCAAAUCCAAGGUAAUAAAGAGAAACAGAAGCAGGAAGUAAAGAAAUACUCUGUAAAACCUCCACGCGACCUGCAGAGUGGUUUUGAAAAGCAUCAAGAGGAGAGACGCCAAGAAGAUGCUAAAGCAGCCGCACUAAAGAAACAACAGGAAGCAGAGAGACUUCAGCAGGAGCAAGAACGUCCACCACCAGACCCUCUACUGGGACUGAGGGUUCACAGUUGGGUUCUGGUGCUCUCAGGGAGCCGGGAGGUACCUGAGAACUUCUUCAUUGACCCUCUGACAGGCAAGAGCUACUCCACCACCAAUGAGAACUUCCUGGGUAUUGAGAGCAUCUGGAACCACCAAAACUACUGGGUCAACAUGCAAGAUUGCCGUUUCGGUUGUAUGGAGAUGACCUUUGACAUGAGUGAUCUAUCAAAGUGGGAGUAUAUGUUAUGUGGCCCUGCUAGCCAAUCCCUGUCAAUCAUUCCAGACCCGAAGACACUCCAAGAGCCAGAAGAUGAGGAAGAUGAGGAAAUGGAUGAGCCGAAAGUGUUUGACAUGCCUCCAUCUUGGGUGACUAAAAUAGACAUUUCACCUCAAGAUAUGGAAAUGCGUUACCCAGGGGGUAUGAAGGUUAUCCAGUACAGGAAAGCCAAGCUGGAAAAAUUUGCCCCUUACCUUCUGAAAGACGGUCUGGUGACCAAACUCACCACUUACAAUGACCUUGAGUGCACACAACCCAAAAUUGUUAAGGAAUGGUUCAAACAUCGAGACGAUCAUCUCGAGGAGAGAGAACUGCAGACAGCCAGCAAUGUAACAACUGAACAUUUCAGACCCGGAAGAAGUGACGCUCUCAAAUACCACAGGUAUGUCAUUUUGGUUCCUGAGACAGAGCGUCAAAUGGAAUUUUACAGUCAUACUCGUACUGACGGUUUGGCCAGAAGAAUCGAGAUGCCUUUCGAAGUCACAGAAAUAUUUGAAGAUCGGACAGACUUCCUCUUUCAUCGGCAUAUUGUUUAUGGAGAGGCCAAAGUAUUGCGGUCUGGUGAGACUCUUGAUCAACGUCCUCUACAGAGGGUGCUGGAGCACUUCCACAGAGAUCGUUCUAAGCCAGCUAGUAAGGAUGUGGCUGAAAGGACCUUUAUGAUUUCGGAGGGCCGGAUCCAGGUGACCUAUCAUCUGGAGGAUGAUAGGAUAGUUCCAGCUUGGCUCAAUUUCAUCAAACCCAAAGAAGCAGUGGACUCACAAAAAGCACAAACUUUUAAUCCAGAGAUGGUGUCUGGCUUUCAGGUGGAUCCUUCUGCAAAACCCACCAAGACCUUGCAAUUGUAUGAAAUGCUCAUGGAUCUGAUGAGAGAGGAGGAAAAUGUUUUACUUAGAAUCAAAGAUUUAGAGAAAGAGGUUAGGUCCAUCCUUUCUGCAAGAGAACUUGAGGAGAGUAAUAUUGUGCUCCAGAUCUCUAUUUACAACACCACAAGGAAUGAGAUGGCCCAUCGCCACAUGGAAGAGAUGGAGCGUAUCGCUAAAGAAAAGCAGCAGCGUCAGAAAGAGAAUGAGAUGGACCCAUUGGCUCCCUUCCUGGCCCGGUUGGGACACCUAGAAACCCUCACACGCCAGACUGCACUGCAGCUGAAGACAGAUUGUCUGGCUGAGUUUAAACAGCAGCUCAUUAACAAAGCCAACCUUCUUCAGAGCAGAUUUGAAAAGGAGACCGAGGAGUUACAGAAGAAACAGCUGUGGUACCAGAAGAACCAACUCACCAUGUCCAAGGAGGAAGAAGAUGAAUAUCUCACAUACUGUUCUGACACCAUGUUCAGGAUCCACAUUCUCAAACUGAGACUCAGUCGCCACAAGGAGAGGGCACCACAGAAGUACCUGGCAUUGGAUGAGAAACUAAAAAGAGAUCCAAGGUUGACUGGUCAUUUGUUGUGAUCUAACACAAGACAUUGACAGCGUUCUACCACUCAGUCUUUCAACGGGAUGACCUGGGACAGUCCUUUCAGGAUUGUAUAUCUCAGACUAAUCACUUCUGAUUUCAAUAAAACUUUCCAUUUCAAAUACAGUUGCAUCCGUUGGGAUACUGUCUACUUGUUGAUAUAUGUAGAGGAUGGCAGGAUACUACAAACAUCCCAAAAAAGCUCAAAAUUUAGGUGACUAAGCAAUAAUUACGAAAGCAUCAGCAAAGACGAGUUAGUGCAUUCAGAAAGUAUUCAGACACCUUCAUUUUUUCACAUUAUAUGUUGUAGCCUUAUGCUAAAAUGCUUUAAAAAAAAAAAAAAAAAAUUCACAUCAAUCUACACUCCAUACCCCAUAAUGACAAUGCAAAAAACAGAUUUUUGAUAACUUUGAAAAUUUAUCAAAAAGAGAAAACUGAAAUAUCACAUUGACAUAAGUAUUCAGACCCUUUGCUAUGACACUUGAAAUUUAGCUCUGGUGCAUCCAUUUCUCUGGAUUAUCUUUGAGAUGUUUCUACACUUUGAUUUGAGUCCACCUGUGGCAGAUUCAAUUGAUUGGACAUGAUUUGGAAAGGCACACACCUGUCUAUAUAAGGUCUCACAGCUGAAAAAGCAUAUCAGAGCAAAAACCAAGCCAUGAGGUCAAAGGAACUGCCUGCAGAGCUCAGAGACAGGAUUGUGUCGAGGCACAGAUUUUCAGGCACAAAAAAAUUUCAGCUGCAUUGAAGGUUCCCAAGAGCACAGUGGCCUCCAUAAUUCUUAAAUUGAAGAAGUUUGUAACAACCAGAACUCUUAGAGCUGGCUGUCCGGUCAAACAGAGCAAUCGGGGGAGAAGGGCCUUGGUAAGAGAGGUGACCAAGAAACCUUUGGUCACUCUGGUUAAGCUCCAGAGAUCAUGUGUGGAGAUGGGAGAAACUUACAGACGGACAAUAAUCACUGCAACACUCCACCGAUCUGGGCUUUAUGGCAGAGUGGCCAGACGGAAGCCUCUCCUCAGUGCAAGACACAUAAAAUGCACCUAAAAGACUCAAACUGUGAGAAACAAGAUUCUCUGGUCUGAUGAAACCAAGAUUGAACUGUUUGGCCUCAAUUACAAGUGUUAUGUCUGGAAGAAAUCAGGCACUGCUCAUCACCUGCGCAAUAACAUCCCAAGGGUGAAGCAUAGUGGUGGUAACAUCAUGCUGUGGGGGUGUUUUUCAGUGGCAGGGACUGGGGGACUUGGUCAGGAUUGAUGGAAAGCUGAACCCAGCAAAAUACAGAGAUAUCCUUAAUGUCCUGAGUGCUCUGGACCUGGGCCGAAGGUUCACCUUCCAACAGAACAAUGACCUUAAGCACACA